GACUUGAGUUACGUUUCGCGCUUGUCUCGCGCGGCGGAGUAACACCGAGCUGACCGAACUUUGUGCACCGACACGAACCGUCGCUGUUUGUUCGUUGUUCUUCGUGUUUUUCGCGGUUUGUUUUUGACGCUUUGUUUAAACUUCGCCGCGGUGGAGACCUGUGUGUCCGCCCGGACAUGACGCUCCACUGACGGACACGGAGCCGAGCUUCACCCGCCGGCGGACAGAAGAUGGAGCGGAUCGUGGGGAUCGUGGUGUUGGUUCUGCGGAGUGUGGCGGUGAGCGGUGGUUCCGUGACAUCAUCACAGUGCCUCGCGGCGUUGCAUCCGCCAAUCGACGCGUCUCAGGGAAACUGGGCUCGUCUGGUCUGUGCGGUUCAGGGUCUGAAGGAGCCGGAGAUCGUGUGGAUGAAGGAUGGAGAGAAGCUGUACAGCACAGACCAGAUGUUCAUCACGCUGGGGGAGGAGCACUGGGAGACCUUCUACAGUGUGAAGUCGGUCCAGCAGCAGGAUGCGGGUCAGUACUGGUGUGAGGUGGAGUUUGAGGGUGAGACGUUGGCGGCAUCAGAACGGGCCUGGAUCACGGUGGAAGGUGUCCCUCAUUUCCUGUUGGAACCACCGGACGUGGCCACGUUCCCUAACGAGCCGUUUGACCUGACGUGUGCGGCGGUGGGACCGCCCGAACCUGUGCAGGUGCUGUGGUGGGUGGGCGGAGUCCAGGAGGGAGAGGCCCGCCCAUCACCCUCUGUCCUCCACAUUCAAGGAGUCAACAGCAGCAUCAAGGUUUACUGUGAAGCAAAGAACUCCAGAGGAGUCUCUGUGUCCAGGACCGGGACGGUCCACAUUAAAGUGUUGCCGGCGGCUCCCGUUGAGCUCCAGGUCUUGAGGAUGGUGGACAACAACAUCACGUUGUCAUGGAAACCGGGAUUCAUGGGUCACUCUGAGCUGGCGGUCUGCAUCGUCCAGGUGAUGUGGCGACGCUCCGCCGUCAGGUUGGAGGUCCUCCCUCAGCAGGAGGUUCUGGUUCCCCCUUACCUGGUGGUUCUGUCGGGUCUGAGGAGUCACUGUAACCACAGCGUCAGAGUGUCAUGUGUCAACCAGGUGGGGGCGUCGCCCUUCUGCCCCUGGCUGCACUUCCUCACACCUGAGUCAGUUCCCUUAGCUGCCCCCAGGAACCUGACCUUUGACCAGUCAGAGCAGCACCUGCACCUGAACUGGGAGGAGCUUCAGGAGGAGGAGCUUCAGGGGAAGCUUCUCGCCUACAAGCUGCAGUGGAUUCUGGGAGGAAAAGCUCAGGAGCCUCUGCUCUUUAAGCAGAACCGGGCCCAGCUGUCUGGAUCAGGACGCUUCUUUAACGCCUCCUUCCAGGUGUCGGGCUGCACCUCAGUGGGCUGUGGACCCUGGAGCCGUCCAGUUCUGGUUCUGCCCGCCUCAGUCCAGGUCCAGGUCCAGCGGAGCCACAUGUGGGUCGGGGUGCUGCUCGGUCUGCUGGUGGCAACGGUCAUCACUCUGCUGCUCAGGGGCGUAGCUCGCCGCCACGGGAAAGAGGCGUGGUUUAGCUGGGUCUUCCAGUCUCAGAGUCCAGACUCGUCCGUGUCCUUCACCGCAGCACGUUCCUUCAGUAGAACGUGUGCAGAGCUGCAGGAGUCCACAUUGGACAGUCUCAGCAUCAACACUGAGCUGAAGAACAAACUGCAGGACGUCCUGAUCCCAGAGAGACGGAUCACACUGGGACACAUGCUGGGGAAAGGUGAGUUUGGUUCAGUGCGUGAGGCCGUCCUGAAAACUGACGACACCAGGGUCCAGAGAGUGGCCGUCAAAGUCCUGAGAUGUGAUAUCACCUCAUCAGCUGACAUUGAGCAGUGUCUAAAGGAGGCGGCGUACAUGAGGCACCACCAACGUUAUCCAGCUGGAGUGAGUCUUCACCAGCGUCCUGGUCAGCGUCUGCCAAUCCCAAUGGUCAUUCUUCCGUUUAUGAAACAUGGCGACCUGCAUACCUUUCUGCUGAUGUCACGACUGGGGGAGGAGCCAUUUGACCUCCCUCUCCAGACCCUGGUUCAGUUCAUGUUAGAUGUUUCUUGUGGGAUGGAAUAUCUGAGUAACAGAAACAUCAUCCACAGAGACUUAGCUGCUCGCAACUGCAUGCUGGAUGAGAACAUGUGUGUGUGUGUUGCAGACUUUGGUCUCUCUAAGAAAAUCUACAGUGGAGAUUAUUACAGACAAGGCUCCGCCUCCAAACUUCCCGUGAAGUGGAUCGCUCUGGAGAGUCUGGCUGACAACGUCUACACAACACACACCGACGUGUGGGCGUUUGGCGUCACCAUGUGGGAGGUCAUGACCCGAGGUCAGACUCCGUACCCCGGUGUAGAAAACUGUGAAAUCUACGAGUUUUUGAUUAAAGGAGAGCGACUGAAGAAACCUGCAGACUGUGGAGACCACAUGUGAGUGACAUCAUCAUCACUGAUCACGACAUCAUCAUCACUGAUCACGACAUCGUCCUCACUGAUCGUCACUGAUCACGACACUGAUCACGACAUCAUC